AUGGCGGCGCUGAAGGAGACUUGGAGCUACGGGCUGUCGUGCGGGCGGCUGGGCGACGGCAGCCGGGUGUCCGUGUUCCACGUGAAGCUCACCGACAGCGCCGUGAAGGCCUUCGAGAGCUACCGCUCCAGUCAGGGCUCCGUCACACCGAGACCGUCGAUCCGCUUUCAGGGCAACCAAGGGGUGAGUCCCAAGCACAUGGGCCACAGCCGUGGGGAUGUCCACCUGGACUGCCUGGGCAGCAUCCAGGAUAAGAUCACCGUGUGUGCCACCGAUGACUCCUACCAGAAGGCGCGACAGAGCCUGGCCCAGGCUGAGGAGGAGACUCGGAGCCGCAGCGCCAUUGUCAUCAAGCCGGGUGGCCGAUACCUGGGCAAAAGGGUCCAUUUCCGGAAGCCAGCCCCAGGGCCGCCUGACCCCGUGCCCUCCCGGAAGCGGGCCACCCCUGCCAACCCAGCCAGCACUCUCAGGAAGUGCAGCGGUGGGGGUGUCUCCCAGCGGCCGUUUCGUGACCGGGUGCUGCAUCUCCUGGCGCUGAGGCCCUACCGAAAGGCUGAGCUGCUGCUGCGUCUGCAGAGGGAUGGGCUGUCGCAGCCAGACAAGGACUCACUAGACAGCCUCCUCCAGCAGGUGGCCAACGUGAGCACCAAGGACGGCACGUGCACACUCAAGGACAGCAUGUACAAGGACGUGCAGCGGGAUUGGCCUGGCUACUCAGAGGGUGACCGGCAACUGCUCCAGCGCAUGCUCGUCAGGAAGCUGUGCCAGCCACAGGGUGCCGGGCCCGUCCCUGGGGACCCUGCUGCCAGCCCUCCAAGGGAGCAUGGGAAUGCCUCCUCCCUGCCACAGAAGCGGCCACAGCCUCCUGACUUCAUCGAUCCCCUCGCCAGCAAGAAGCCUCGGAUAUCACACUUUGCCCAGCGUACCCAGCCUGCCAUCAACGGGAAACUGAAUCCACCCCUUAACCGUGCUGCUCCCAACCCCCCAAUGCCUGAGCCCCUGAGGCCCCACGACCCCCUGGCUGAUGUUAGCAAUGACCUGAGCCACACAGAACCUCCUGAGGCAGGAGGCCCAGGCCCUGCUGAGCGCCUGCACCCACCCCCAUCCCCAGAUUGCACCCAGCCCAGCCGGCCCCAUGGCAAGGCCAAGAAGAAGUCCAAGAAGCACCGGGACAAGGAACGGUUACCCAGGGACCGGCCCCGGGGCUCGAAACCCAACCUAGAGCCCGUGGAGAGCUCGGGCAGCACCGUCGGAACCCCGCCAGACGCCCCAGGGUUGAAUGGUGCCUGCCAUAGUGCCAGCAUCCCCACCUCCACCUCAGACACACCUGAUUACUUACUGAAGUACUCAGCCAUCUCGUCCUCGGAGCAGCGGCAGAGCUACAAGAAUGACUUCAACUCAGAGUACAGCGAGUACCGCGACCUGCACGCCCGCAUCGAGCGCAUCACGCGACGCUUCACACAACUCGACGCCCAGCUCCGGCAGCUCUCCCAGGGCUCCCCGGAGUAUGAGACCACUCGAGGGCAGAUCUUACAGGAGUACCGGAAAAUAAAAAAGACAAACACCCACUACAGCCAGGAAAAGCAGCGGUGCGAGUACCUGCACAGCAAGCUGGCCCACAUCAAGAGGCUCAUCGCCGAGUACGACCAGCGGCAGGCGCCCUCCUGGCACUAGCUGGAGGCGCUGGGCGACAGGCGCCGCCCAGGGACCAGUGGCCUUGUGGCCUGCCCCCGCCACGUGGACCCUUGUGGAUGAUAGGGUCUGGGGGACAAAC